AUGGAGGGUACACUUUUAAAAUGGACUAACUAUUACAAUGGAUGGCAACCACGUCACUUUAUUUUAAAUGAAACGGGAAUUAUUUCUUACUAUAAAUCAAGUGAAUUAAUUCAUGAAGGUUGUAAAGGAUCAUGUUUAGUCGUUGCAUGUGAACUCAAAAUUCAUCCGCACGAUUCACUUCGUUUCGAUUUAAUAAUACCCGGUGAGCAAUUUUUUUGUUUAAAAGCAAAAUCACCAUCUGAACGACAACGCUGGCUCGUUGCAUUGGGCUCUUGGAAAGCAAGAGGAACUAAAUCGACUACAAAAUCAAUAAAAACAUCGAAUGAUAAUACACCAUCAUUAAUUUCUCAUUUAAAUGCAAUCGAUGAUGAACUUAAAUUGAAAGUACAAGAAUUACGUCUCUAUGAAACUGUUCUGAUGCAACGCAUUCACGCGGUUAAGUUCAUUGCAAAUGACACACCAACACCAGAUGUUAAAAUACUAGAUGAAGCAACAUCAAUGCUAAAUAUUGCUUGUGAUGCUUUUAUACAUACACUUGAUGAAUGCGUUAAACUAGCAACAAGUGGCUCAUCACAAUCAUUGCUUUUAUCAUCUUCAACUCCAUCUCUAGAUUCAAAUAAUAUGCUAAUAGAUAGAACUGUAUCAAAUGAAAUGAAUUUUAAUAAAACUACAGAUGUAUUAAUGGUUUUACCGAAACAAAUCGUAUAUCGAACUUUUUUUUCUGAAAUUAUUUAUACUUUUUCUACUCUAACGCCUUUAUCAUUUGACGAAAUUAAUUCUGAAUUAUUUCUUUUCACUUGUGAGAAAUAUUUUGAAUUAAUUGACAAAUUCAAUGGUACACUACUUGGCACAUUCCGUUCCGAUAUAGUUAGUAAUAUGACUAAAUUAACAAAUAGAAUUUGUACGAAUCAGAAGAAAUUUGAAAAUUUAUUAUCGAUUAUUAACGAUGAAAUAUCAACUCAAACAAUCAAAGAAAAAGAUUCAGCAACAAAUUCACUACUUUGGCUUAGAAGAAGUAUUCAUUUUCUCUCAUGUUUUCUUCAUGAAUUUGGUCAAGGUGAUAAAACUGUUGAAGAUGCAAUGAAUCAAGCAUAUGGAAAAGCAUUGAAACCUUACCAUGGUUGGAUAACACGUGGAUUGUUUGCUGAAGCUCUUCGGUCAGUUCCUUCGAAUGAAGAUUUUCUUAUUUCACUUGCUAUUAAUCCUAAUGAAGCUAAAGAAGUUUUAUUUGAACGACAAAUUCUCAACGAAAUGGUUCAACAUAGUAACAAUAUGAAUGUUGUUGUACGUAAACUAAAUGAUUUCUAUAUUGAACAUAAUCUUGAAUCCGAUGAAAUCAUUGACUAA